AGCUGAUAAUAAUAAUCAUAUCCCAUAUGAACCACCAACGUAUUGUCGAUCACAUAUCACAUCUGAACAUAUGGAUAUGGAAUGUCAAUAUAAAGAAGGUCAUUUAGAGAAGAAUUAUAUACAUACCAGUUGGAAUUGUUUUGUCAAUACUUCACAAAUUCAAUACCUACCAAUACCAGAAGCGAAAAUGGAACCAAUAUCUGAAAAAGCUCAUCAAAAAAUUCAUCGUGGUCUACGUGAAUUAUGCUUAGCAUUAGGUAUUGUAUUCAGUACAAUUUGUCUAUUCUGUAUUGAAUUAUUACGUAUAGUUACGUUGACUUUAUUCAGACCAUUUUUACAAUAUUUACGUUUUCUAUUUCAUAUUAUUAUUAAUUGUUUCUGUGAUAUAAGUUACAUAUGUAGUGCACAUUGGGAACGUUUUGUUUAUCCAAUUAUUAGUUCAUGGGCUACAUAUUCACAAGAUGUGAUUGUUCCAGUUGUACGUGAAUUUCGCCCAAUUCAAAUUCAUAUAAAACAACAACACCCAGAGUCCAUUCAAACAAUACAACAUUGUUGAUCACUAUUCAACAACUGAAUGACUAUGAUGUGGAUGCUGAAGAUGACUGAAAUGGGUUUCUUCCUCUGUUAGUUUGAGUUUUAUUUUUUUCUCAAUAACACAAUGCACAAUGCACAAAUUAUUAUUUUAAACUUAGAUUUAUUGAUUAAUUUUUUUGGUGUCUGUGUUUGUGAAAAGAAACGAAGAAUGAUUAACAGUAGAUGCUUGUAUGUUUUUCUCUUCUUCUGCUUAGAAAUCUGUUGUCUCUCACAAUAAAAAUGUUGACAUGAAACUGAUGAAAUAUAUACAAA